AUGAUGACGCAGUCCAACGUACUGCUCACUACCUCGAAACUGUCUGAGACUUCGACCGUUAACAACGUCGCCGUCAAUCUCGAAGGGUCGCAUGACGCAAAGAUUACCAAUGUCAGCUUCAGCCAUGGCGAGGACAAUAGUUCUAUCGGUAACUCCAAUGCCAGCUCCGAAGUCCCAGGCACUAUAUCAGUACCCGUUGAACUUUCGGAACUUCAUCCUGGUACAGCGUCCCCCGUUGCGCCCGCCACCUCGGCGCAGACCGGUCAACCUAUACCACCGCAAGUGAACGAAGGCGAUCAUGUUCACUUCCCCAUUUCUCCAACUACGCCCUUAGCCGUUGGUGUUCGAGCAAAUCCGCCGACAGCAAGACCAACAAUAGGGCGUGUUGAACAACGACUUAUCGAUGCCAUAGAAGAGGCUUUCGCUGACCCUACGUUCCCCUGGCGUAUCCGCGAUAUGGAGCCAGAAGCUCCAAUUCGAGGCUUGAAGAUCAUUGUCGACUUCAUGGAACAGAUUGCAAAGCCAGUGCAUUCCAGCAGCUUCAACGUUGGCGACCUUGUUGAUAUGAUAGUAGCCGAACCGACUACUGAUCAAGGCGUUCACGAGCGUUCUGACGACCACCUCGUGAAUACAAACUACGGGAUCUUCGUCAUAAAAUCGCGGCCAGGUAUAGUUGUUGAAAAGUUCGAGGAAUACUGUAUGGUCGCCGAAUUAGGCCGUCGCAACAAUAGAAUUCUGGACGGACUUUCGCUCAUGGGCCUCAUAGAGCGCAUGGGAGUUCUACCAUCCGACGCUGCUCCAUUUGAUCUUGCUACUCUCUCGGAAGACCACGAGCUCUAUCGCCUGAUAUAUGACCCUGUAAGAGUUGCGGAGAAUGUUGGUCGCGGUAAACCGUUCGAUCAGUGUUCUAUUGUUCAGCCUGAUUGUCAGCAUCCUUGCAGGUACACCGAUCUUCUGGUUCUUAAGGGCAGGCUCGCAACUAAGGAUAUGGCAAGAAUUCUUGCUACAAUUAAACUAGCGAAACAGCUCCGGACUGAGCUGCUGAAUCGGACCACAGGGCCACUCCGUGGUUACCUGCCGACUCAAAAGAUAUACCGUAGACCACAAGGUGCAUCAACCGAGUCUAAGCGCAGAGAAUACGAUGAGCUCAUGGGAUUGCUAGCAAUGCUCAAGCGCAAAGCGCGAGAGGCAACAGACACUGCAAAUAAUCCGCCUCCGCCCGACCGGCGCGACAUCACAACAACAAGGUUCCGAGAUCAAGUCAUCUCACUAGGCGAUACAGCCUCCGAUGACGUAACGGGUACUGUGCAGACCUUUUCCUCGAUGACAGUACCGACUGUGGCCAAAUUCGUUGCCACGAGCAGCAUUCAUCCGGACCGUCGCCCCGGCAUGGAAGUUUCUGCGCUCAUACAAGCGAUCGAGCAAGACUCCCGCAUCGCCUGUGAGUCUGCCUCUAGGCAAAUUAUCCCUCUACAGGUUGCACGAGACAUCGUGCGAAUAGAAUGGGAAGAGAUGGCCAAUGACGCUGACCUGGUUGGUGUCAAUCUUCCUUCCAAAAAGCGGAAAUUGGACGAAGUCGAAAAACUCCAUAAGGAGGCAGACUCACAGAGCAUGGGUCCUAUGACGGUACUCCGGGGUAUCAAACGUCUGAAACAGAAGGUGAGGGGCUCGAUAUUAUCCGACGAGGACUCGCGCACUGAAGCAAUGCGCCUUUAUUCCGAGCUUGACAAUGUCACCACGGGAAUGGAGAAGCUGCAAGCGAAAUCCACUUUGUUCCUCGAUAGGGACUAA